AUGGUGUCAGCGGAGUUUAUCAGUAAGGAACUUGUUAGUUGCCUUACGCAGGCAGAAGAAGGAUUACAUGCUGUGGUUUUGGUUCUGUCAAUGAGAACUCAGAUUUCCAAAGAAGAAGAGGAUGCUCUUCGUGCACUACUGGUCCUCUUUGGGAGUAGAAUCCUUGACUAUUUGGGAAAGUAA